AAGUAGCCCAGCACCGCGUCUCCUUCCCCCAAACGGCUACUUCCUCCCCAUUUCCGCCACCUUCCUCAACCUUGCUCCGGCACCUCACCAUGCCGCCGGCGCCGCGCAAACGCCUGGGCCGCGCGAUCCUCGUCCUCGCCGGAGCGGGUUACCUCGCCUUCCUCCUGCUCUUUGAGCUCCCUUCCCUGCCCUUCUCGUCCCCCUCCUCCUCGUCCUCCUCGCUACCUACCCACCGCUCGCGCCGCCGCGAGCUCGAGGCCUCCGCGUCCACCUCCCUCUUCUCACCUGCCCGUCCCUCCAACCCCGCCUUCCCCUCGGCCGCGUCUCCCGCGCCGUCGCCUCCGCCGCUCCCGAUCUUCUCCUCCCUCCUCGUCCUCCCGAGGUCCAACGCCACCGCGACCCCCUUCGACGGCACCGCCGCCGACGCCUUCUCCGCCGCAAAGCCCCAUCUUGCUCACCUACGAACUGCCGCCGCCGCCGCCGCAUCCGCCGCGUCCCCGCCCCCGUCCUCCCCGACAUGCCCUCCCUCCAUCUCGCUGGACGCGGACAACCUCCCCGCCGAAGGGGUCCGGACGGUGGAGCUGCCGUGCGGGCUCGCCGUGGGCUCCCACGUCACGGUGGUGGCACGCCCGAGGGCCGCGCGCCCGGAGUUCGACCCCAAGAUCGCCGAGCGCAAGGACAGGAAGACGCCUCUCAUGGUGUCGCAGUUCAUGGUCGAGCUGGUGGGCACCAAGGUGGUAGACGGCGAGGCGCCGCCCAGGAUACUGCACUUCAACCCCAGGAUCCGCGGGGACUACAGCGGCAGGCCGGUGAUUGAGAUGAACAGCUGCUACAGGAUGCAGUGGGGCCGCUCGCAGAGAUGCGAGGGCUUCGCGUCCCGUCCCGCAGAAGAGACUGUUGAUGCUCAGCUGAAGUGUGAGAAAUGGAUUCGGGAUGAUGACAACAAGUCAGAGGAGUCAAAGAUGAAAUGGUGGGUGAAACGUCUAAUUGGUAGGCCAAAGGAUGUGCACAUCAGUUGGCCAUACCCAUUCGCAGAAGGCAAGCUGUUUGUUUUGACUCUAACAGCUGGUUUGGAGGGUUACCAUGUCAACGUUGAUGGGAGGCAUGUCACUUCAUUUCCUUACCGCACUGGUUACACUCUUGAGGAUGCAACAGGAUUGUCUCUGAAUGGAGACAUCGAUAUUGAAUCAGUUUUUGCUAGUUCUUUGCCCAGUUCACAUCCUAGUUUCUCCCCAGAGAGAUACCUCGAAAUGUCUGAGCAAUGGAGGGCCCCACCACUACCAACUGAACCAGUCGAGCUAUUUAUUGGCAUUCUGUCAGCAGCUAGCCAUUUUGCCGAGCGUAUGGCUGUGCGGAAGUCAUGGAUGAUGUAUACAAGAAAAUCAUCAAAUAUUGUAGCUCGGUUCUUUGUGGCUCUGGUAAUUACUUGCUUUUCUCUUGUUUUUACUUGUUUUUGCACAUUCCAAACUCUGACAAAUCAAACAAUUUCGCAGAACGGGAAAAAGGAGAUCAAUGCAGAACUCAAAAAGGAGGCAGAGUUCUUCCGUGACAUCGUUAUCGUGCCUUUCAUGGAUAGCUAUGACCUUGUUGUUCUGAAAACCAUUGCCAUUGCCGAGUAUGGGGUUCGAGUCAUCCCGGCAAAAUAUGUAAUGAAAUGUGAUGAUGAUACAUUUGUUAGAAUUGAUUCCGUACUAGAACAGGUGAAGAAAGUUCGAAGUGAUAAGAGUGUAUAUGUGGGAAGCAUGAACUACUACCAUAGACCACUGAGAUCCGGGAAGUGGGCUGUGACUUAUGAGGAAUGGCCAGAGUCUGUUUACCCAAAUUAUGCUAAUGGGCCUGGGUAUGUGAUCUCAGCAGACAUUGCACGCUACAUUGUAUCUGAAUUUGACAAUCAGACACUUCGGCUAUUUAAGAUGGAAGAUGUCAGCAUGGGUAUGUGGGUCGAGAAAUUCAAUGUCACUCGUCGACCAGUGGAGUAUCGGCACGAUGUCAGGUUCUACCAGGCUGGUUGCUUUGAUGGUUACUUCACCGCACACUACCAGUCCCCUCAGCACAUGAUCUGUCUGUGGAGAAAACUACAGUCUGGUAACACCCAUUGCUGCAACGUGAGAUGACGAUGGCGAAAAUUGUUGGUCAUUGUUGGUCGGAGAGGUGAUCGGCUCACAAGCACAACUCGCGUAUCAGAUGGUGUCGAAAUCACGAGGGGCGGAGGAGAGCUCUCUCCUGGGUUUGUCAUACGAUUCUUUCAUUCUUUUGGUCAGUGGCCCGGUUCCAUGCUGCUGAUUCUGACACCUGAUGAACCCUUCGGGGUUCUUUUGACACUUGUUGAUAUUUAGCCACGUCAAAUUUUCUUGACCUAGGAAUUUUCAUGGUUGGCUUUUUGCAUGUGUACAGAAGCAGAGUUAUAUAUUUGUGAUAUAGGGCAUUUCAUUUGUCUAGACUUGAUCUUAUUGUAAGAACCGAACUGAAUAGCCAGCUCAAUAGUCUGAUACGAGCUCAGUACCGGCUGAACUCUGCAGCAGAGUAUACUAGUCAGCUCGUGAGGUGAGGUGAGCUGAAUCAUUUUAUGACAAGAGCAGUAGUUAUCACA